UCUGUUUUUCCUAAAUUGGGUUUCCUCCGCAUGGAACAGUUUUUGAUGGGGGCAAUUUGAUGGAACAGUUUUUGAUGGGGCAGUUUUUUAUGGGGGCAGUUUUGAUUGGGCAAUAGAAUGUGGGCAAUUUGAUGGGGCAGUUUUGAUGGAAUGAAUGAAAGUUGUAAUUGAUGUCUGAGCUCUAUAAAAGAAAGAUCACAACUAAUGUUUCCUAUUUGUGGGUAUUACAGGAGAUGUCAGCGAAGGACGAUCAGAUGAAGAAGAUGGAAAACAGUUACACGGAAUGUAUGAAAGCCCUGAAAGACAAGGAGGAGGCAGAUAAGAAAGAGAAGGAGACCUGGAAGAAGGAGCUGGAAGAGAAGCUGGGCAUUGUCCAGAAGGAGUGGGAAGAGAAGAGCGAGAGGAAUGGGGUUGCCCUUCAGGAGCAGUGUAAGGAAGCCAAUGAGAAGCAGCGGAACAUGGAGGAACAACUGAUGAAGAUGAUGGAGGAGUUGAAGGUGAUGAAGGAGCAGCAUGAAAAGGAGAAGGAGAUGGAGGAGCAAAUGGAUAACAUGAUGGAGGCAAUGGAACAAAAGAUGAAGGCCGGGCGUGAUCGGGCCGAGCGUGAUCGGGCCAAGAAGGAUCAGGAUGAGAAGGAUCAGGCCGAGAAAGAUCGAACCAAGAAGGAUCAGGAUGAAAAGGAUCGGGUCAAGAAGGAUCGAGCCAAGAAGAAUCAGAAUGAAAAGGAUCGGGCCAAGAAGGAUCAGAAUGAAAAGGAUCAGGCCGAGAAGGAUCGAGCCAAGAAGGAUCAGAAUGAAAAGGAUCGAGCCAAGAAGGAUCAGGAUGAAAAGGCACAGGAUGAGAAGAUGAUGACGGAGUCGGACCUUCAGAAACAGAAGUUCGCACUUUCCUUUAUGCAGAUGAAGGAUCUGGAGCCCGGUGCUCUGCCCAGGCUGAUGGAGGAAAGGUCAAAGGAGACCCUCCAGCCGGUAAAGUUGCAGCCACUACACGUUAAAGUGGCGGCGGACCUCCUGACCGCCAAGAUCACGUUUGAGAGUUGUCCUUGCUGCAAAUUCGGAGUGUCCCAGACCAAAGCCAUCAACACCUCGGAGAUCUUUGAUUUGCUAUGCCCUUCCUGCUACAGCCUGAUGAAGAAGCUGAGCUCCGCCCAGAUCAUGGAGGUGUGUAAAUUCUGUCCUUGGUGCGGCCACACAGCGUCCCGGAGAAGACCCACCAAGACGGUGGGGAUCCCUGAUUUGCUGUGCUCUGACUGUCAUACCCUGAUGGACAAGCUGCGCUCCGGCCGGACCAUGGACAUCUCCGAUUUGCCGUGCUCUGCCUGCCCACUGCUGCAGCCAUUGCCCAACCAAGAGAUAAAGAUGACCCCAAAUCCUCCUUCAGGACGGAAACCGACAAUAAUGGGAGAAAGAGUCGCCAGGCUUCACUCUGCUAAAAAGCUCGCGACCGGCCAAGCAACCGAUGCACAGAAGAUCUACAAGACUACAACAUUGGAGAGUCCAUCGAUCAUCGCACCAUUGAAGACAAAGCCAACGAUCAUCGCACCAUUGAAGACAAAGCCAACGAUCAUCACACCAUUGAAGACAAAGCCAACGAUCAUCACACCAUUGAAGAAAAAUCUACAGCUCCUCCCAAAACGGAAGACAACCAUAUCACUCCGACUCCCAUGGAUCUCCGUAGAAGAUCAGAGCUCCUCCCACAAUUCUCGCUGAAGAAAGGAAACACCAAUCCCGUAACUUGGCGUUGAUCCCAAGGUGACCGUCCGUAAGCCUAAUGAAGAAGGAGUAUGAUUUUUCAGAGGGACGCCGUGAGAGGAGUACAGAGGGACGUCG